AUGUCUCAGGAGGCGGGCAGGCUGCGCUGGGCGGUGCAGGUGGAGGCCUGGAGCCCCGGGCACGCCGAGUUUGAACUCCUGCUCUCCCUGCUGCCCGAGGCGGAGCGCUGCGCGUGCACCCGGUUCCGCCAGGCCCAGGACCGCAAGCGGGCGCUGGUCAGCCGCCUGCUGCAGCGGGCGGCGGCGGCCGCCGCCUUGGGCCUGCGGCAUGGCGGCGCGCUCUCCGUGCAGCGCACGCGCGGCAACAAGCCCUACGUGGCCGGCGCGCACAGGCCGUCGCAUGCACCCAACUGGAACUACAGCGUGUCGCACGAGGGCGACUACGUGAUCCUCGCAGCCGAGCCGGUGUGCGUGUGCGGCUGCGACGUGGCAGCGCCGCUGACGGUGCGGCGUGCCGGAGGAGCCGCCGGCAAGGAGCAGCCGCUGGCCGAGUUCUUCCGCAGCUUUGAGAAGCAGCUGACGGCGGCAGAGUGGGCCAGCGUGCGGGCAGCGGGGGAGGACGGUGCGUCUCAGGAGGCUCAGUUUAGGAAGUUUUGGAGCCUGAAGGAGGCGUUUGUGAAGGCCACGGGGGAGGGGCUGGGCUUCGAGCUGGGGAACACAGAGUUCGCCAUCAGCGGCGGCACAGCCCACCAGACCAGCCCAGCACAUGAAGGGGUGGCCAGCCUGCAGGACCAGGCCUUGUUGUGUAUGGGCCAGCUCUCACUGCUGGUGCCGCUCUGCCCCUCGGCGCUGCUGCUGCAGCCACGGUGA